CGAUCAUCUUCACUUGCCUCAGCCAAGGCGCGAGAGCACUCUUUGAGGCCUUUAGUUGCAGCGGAAGAAGCUUGCGGCUUUUGACCGGCACACACUUCGGACAUACCGCAAGAUCUGCAGCGGCCUCGGGAGUAUCUUCGAUAUGAAAGUCUGGCUGCAGAAUGGCCCUGAUCCGUUUCAGCGACCAUUCUUCCACGGCACGAGGGUAAUCUCCCAUGUUGGUUUCUUCGGUCUUAGAUUCUAGCAUAAACGACAAGGAGAAAAUAAAACCAAGACGCGAAAACCUGUAUUGUUUCAUGCACAGACGUUCUAGGUCCAGAGCCAACAGCUACAACCUUGAAAAAUGACGAUGAAAGUAGACCUACAUGUUGUGGAUUGCCAGAGAUGAUUACGAUUUUAGUCGCUUUUGGCCAUAAGCUGCCAAGUCGGUCAUUUCCAUGCACAAACUUCAUCAGGCUUCUCGAGUCCACUGUCCGAGCUGCUAUUUUUCUGCCUGAUUAUCAUUCGGUUUCGAUGCGAUGGGAUCUAGUGCGUUUGUGAGGCGUUGCGAGGUGGAUCCGCAGACGUAGAAAGACAAGAUAUUCUUCAAUUCCAGCAGGUCUUCUCGAUCCGGUGCCCAGAGCUUCGAUCCAACCAACUAUUUUAACUAGCUACUU